AUGUUUGGCAAAGGCUUUCCUCCCAUGAAUUCGGCUGGGUUCUAUUCUCGUGAAGCCAUUGACUCGAGAAGACCUGGCGGGUACACCAGCAAGGUCCGAGUUCGAGAUCGGUAUCAUAUCGUUGGUUUUAUUAGCAGUGGUACAUAUGGUCGAGUCUAUAAGGCCGUCGGAAAAAAUGGCAAGAAAGGUGAAUUCGCCAUUAAAAAAUUCAAGCCCGACAAAGAAGGCGAGACAAUCCAAUACACCGGUCUAUCGCAGUCCGCCAUCCGGGAAAUGUCGCUAUGCACAGAGCUGUCUCAUGCCAAUGUCGUGCAGCUAGAAGAAAUCAUCCUCGAAGAUAAAUGCAUCUUCAUGGUCUUCGAAUAUACUGAGCACGACCUCCUCCAAAUCAUCCAUCAUCACACUCAACCCCAGCGCCACGCCAUUCCUGCCCCAAUGGUGCGGUCGAUUCUCUUCCAGCUCUUGAAUGGACUUCUAUACCUCCACACGAACUGGGUUCUCCAUCGUGAUCUCAAGCCAGCUAACAUCCUUGUCACUUCAAGCGGGGCGAUCCGCAUCGGUGACUUGGGUCUAGCACGCCUUUUCUACAAGCCGCUCAAUUCCCUCUUCUCGGGUGACAAAGUUGUAGUCACGAUCUGGUAUCGAGCGCCGGAAUUACUGAUGGGAAGUCGCCACUACACCCCCGCUGUCGAUAUGUGGGCCGUAGGCUGCAUUUUUGCCGAGCUUCUAUCACUUCGACCGAUCUUCAAGGGCGAAGAAGCGAAAAUGGACAGCAAGAAAACAGUGCCCUUUCAGCGAAAUCAGAUGAUGAAGAUCGUUGAAAUUCUGGGUCUGCCCCAAAAGGAGAAUUGGCCAGGUCUCACGUCCAUGCCGGAAUAUUCCCAGCUUCAGUCCUUUAUGAUGCACCGUCAACCUGCACAUUUCCAUCGCAGCUCGAAUCUUGAAGGCUGGUAUCAAAGCUGUCUCAAGAAUGGUGGUUAUUCUGCUUCCUCGGUAGCUGGCACACCCGGUGCAGAUGGGUUUAACCUGUUGUCGCGAAUGCUCGACUAUGACCCCACGAGACGGAUCACAGCUGAGCAGGCUCUUGAACAUCCCUACUUCACGAAUGGAGGACCCAUUAGUGGAAAUUGCUUUGAGGGUAUUGAUGGUAAAUACCCUCAUCGUCGUGUCACGCAAGACGACAAUGAUAUUCGUUCUGGGAGCCUACCCGGUACAAAGCGGAGUGGGUUGCCAGAUGAUUCGUUAAUGAGGGCUUCAAAACGACUAAAAGAGUGA